AUGAGGCAUCGCACUCUAGCCUCCUUCCCGGCCCUGUGGGCCUCCAUCCCCUGUCCACGCUCUGAACUACGCCUGGACCUGGUUCUGGCUUCUGGACAGUCUUUCCGGUGGAGGGAGCAAAGCCCUGCGCACUGGAGUGGCGUGCUGGCCGACCAGGUAUGGACCCUGACCCAGAAUGAGGAGCAUCUUUACUGCACUGUGUACCGAGGGGACAAGGGCAGGGUUGGCAGGCCCACACGGGAAGAGCUGAAGGCCGUGCGACAGUACUUCCAGCUGGAUGUCAGCCUUGCUCCACUGUAUCAACAUUGGAGUUCUGUGGACCCUCACUUUCAAGAGGUGGCUCAGAAAUUCAAGGGUGUGCGACUCCUGCAACUGGACCCCACUGAAUGCCUUUUCUCCUUCAUCUGUUCCUCCAACAACAACAUUGCCCGCAUCACUGGCAUGGUGGAACGGCUCUGCCAGACCUUUGGACCUCGGCUCAUGCAGCUUGAUGAUGUCACCUACCAUGGCUUCCCCAGCUUGCAGGCCCUGGCUGGGCCAGAGGUGGAAGCUGAGCUCAGGAAUCUGGGCCUGGGGUACCGUGCCCGCUUUGUGAGUGCUAGUGCCCGAGCCAUCCUGGAAGAACGGGGUGGACUUCCCUGGCUGCAGCAGCUGCGCAAGGCCCCCUAUGAGGAGGCCCACAAGGCCCUCUGCACUCUGCCUGGAGUAGGCACCAAGGUGGCCGACUGCAUCUGCCUGAUGGCGCUAGACAAACCCCAGGCUGUGCCCGUGGAUGUCCACGUGUGGCAGAUUGCCCAGCGUGACUACAGCUGGCACCCAACCACCAGCCAGGCCAAGGGCCCGAGCCCCCAGGCCAACAAGGAACUGGGUAACUUUUUCCGGAACCUGUGGGGACCCUAUGCUGGCUGGGCCCAAGCAGUGCUGUUCAGUGCUGACUUGCGCCAACUUCACCGAGCUGAGGAACCACCAGCAAAGCGCAGGAGGAGGUGCCCAGGGCCAGAAGGCUAG